CGCGUCAUCAAACGUCAUCACUGUAUGUUGGUAAUCAUACAGAUAAAGGACUCCCUUCAGCGAACGGCUGCGACCUUCCCUCCACUUACUGUCAGAUCAGCCAUCGAACAUCUAGUUAUUCUGAGAAAUCCAGCUGUCUGUGUAUAUGUUUGCGAGCGUGUAGACUAAGGCCUUCGUGUCACCAGACUCUUUACUGGUGUUAUAACACUAGUAUGCUACUUUUAACUAUAACUACGUAUGCUAUAAAUCGGAACUUUUAAUGGCGGCAUUAACACAGAUAUAAAUGCAUACAUUGAGAAACGAAUGGAUCAGCAACUAAUAAUUUAUUUUCAGGCCUCACGCACAAGACGGAAGUCCAUCACGUAUUGACGACAGUCCUGGCAUAUCUCACGCUUACACUGGUACUGAGUACUUGAUCUACUGUGCUUUAGCUCCACGAUACGUUUGCUUUAAAUCAGACUUAAAUUUUGAUGAUUUAGGUUUAAAAAGGAAACGCUUUGAAACAUUUUACGAGGAUUAUAAAUGGUCUGCUCUUACAUUUAUUAAACUGCUUGGAAUCGUACGUGAUUUUGACACAAAGUUGAAAACUAGUUUUCAAAAGGAAUCUUUUGCGGAGUGACAGCAAUGCACUUCUAUAAUUAGUGGCAUAAUCAUAUAUCUACCUUUAGUGUGUUACUUGUCAUAAAACAGACUAUUGACACAAACAAGUUUAUAAAUCGAUAGUAUCGUUACGCCAAGUAUAUAAGUCGAGGAAUCAAAUAUAGCGCGGACGUACUAUAAUUACUUACCACCCAUCGUUCUGGCGGUGUUCGGUGUAGUUGUGUCAGUUACAGCAACGACUCUACAAUUGAUGAAGUGACACAGUCGUGCGACGUUCCUUUUAUGUGCAUUUGAGUACAACUUUAUACUGUUGUAAAUUUUAAAUAUUCUGGAUUCCUUGUGAAAAUGGGUUGCAGUCAGUCUGGAAGUGUGAGGAUGCAGCGCUCAUCCCAACAACUAGAGAACUAUCUUACGUCGGAACAAGUGCGCCUUGUGAAACAGAGCUGGCUGAUCCUUGGGGAGGACAUGGCUGCCACUGGUCUACUGGUGUUCAAAAAGUUAUUCGAGAGCAACGAGGGUAUGAAGAAAUUGUUCUACAAGUUGAUGCGAUGCGACAGCUCUGAGCAGCUGGAGUUUGACCAGGAAAAGUUGACCCGCCACGCCACGAUCGUGAUGCAGGGACUAGGCGCGGCCGUGGAGAGUCUGGAGGACUCCGUUUUUCUCACAAACGUCCUUAUUGCCAUGGGCGAGCGUCACGCCAUGUACAACGUCAAAACUGAAAUGGUUCCGCAUCUGUGGCCAGCCAUUCGGGAUGCUUUUAAGGAGUUGAUGGGGGAAGACUUUUUACCGGCUGUUGAAAGUGCAUGGUUGCACGUGUUUGAGUAUAUUGGCAGUAAAUUCAAAAUGGGAAUUGUAUCUGGCAAACAAUGAUGGGAUAAAAGAUAUACGGCUAUUUUACAUUGGUUGAGGUAGUGGUUGAAGUGUCUGUCAAUCAGGAGUGUUAUAAUUGAAUAGGGAAUUUGUAUUGUUAUUUCACCGUUGUCGGUUUUUUUAUGCAAUCAAAUAAAAUUAAAAUAUAAUUUCAAUUCAACGGUGAAAAAUCAGAUACCGAGUUGAUUAAGUCAUGCGAACCUGUUUAUAUUUUUGUUAAGGUCUGGGUGAUGGAAGACCAAUUUGUCAGGAGCAUCAUAGCACACUGCAGGACAUUCCUUACUUCUACAAAAUGUGUGUUUGAGUGAAAGUUGUUAUGAAGGUU